AGAACAACAUGGAAACUUUGCUGGAGCAGCAAAGGCGCUACCAUGAAGAACGUGAACGCUUGGUAAAACUCAUGGUCGACGAGUAUGCCAACAAGAAAGCCAAUGAAAAAGACCGCAUAUAUUCCGAACACCGGCUGAAGUAUCUGCUGGACAUGCAUUAUAACUCAACUUCCAAGCUUAGAGAACUCUAUGAGGAUAAGGACAAUGAAAGGAAAACUGAAAUUCAAGCCCUCUCCGGACCAAAUGAAUUCAAUGAGUUCUACAAUCGUCUAAAGCAAAUUAAAGAAUUUUACAACAAACAUCCCAGCGAAGUCAGUAUUCCAUUAUCUGUGGAAUUUGAAGAAAUGGUCAAGGCCUACAAUAAUCCAGACGAAAUGUCUGCAUUGGUCGAAUUUACGGAUGAGGAGGGAGGUGGUCGUUAUUUGGAUUUGAAUGAAUGCUACGAGAUGUAUAUCAAUUUGAGAGGAGUAGAGAAGGUGGACUAUAUAACAUAUUUGAUGACAUUCGAUCACGUCUUCGAUAUUUCGAAGGAGAGAAAGAACAAAGAAUAUAAGAAAUAUUUGGAGGCCCUAAACGAGUAUUUACACAAUUUUAUAAUGCGGGUGCAGCCAUUACACGAUAUCGAAGAAGAUCUGGUCAAAGUUGAAUUGGAAUUCCAGAAACAAUGGCUUCAGGGCACCUUCCCCGGUUGGGCGAGCAAAGAAACGGAAUCGGCAUUGGCAAAUACGGGUGCUCACUUGGAUCUUUCUGCAUUUUCGAGUUGGGAAGAAUUGGCCUCACUCGGACUGGAUCGUCUGAAGUCAGCUCUCAUGGCAUUGGGACUGAAAUGUGGUGGUACUCUGGAAGAAAGAGCACAACGUUUAUUUUCCACAAAAGGCAAGAAAACAUUAGACCCGUCGCUUAUGGCCAAAAAACCUUCAAAGACGACAAGUGUACAAUCCAGGGAAAAUGAACGUCACAAGGAAAUUGCACAGCUGGAAGCCUAUCUUUAUAAGUAUGCUGAACUGGUGUCUGAACAAAGAAGUGCUACCAAGGAAAAUGUCCAACGUAAACAGGCACGAACCGGUGGGGAAAGAAACGACAGUGAUGUUGAGGCCAGCGACUCGGAUCUGGAUGAUGAUCCAGAUGCCGAUGAUAUUCCAUAUAAUCCCAAAAACCUUCCAUUGGGUUGGGAUGGCAAACCCAUUCCAUAUUGGUUGUAUAAAUUGCAUGGUUUAAAUAUAAGUUAUAAUUGCGAAAUUUGCGGCAAUUACACAUACAAGGGGCCCAAAGCAUUUCAACGUCAUUUUGCUGAGUGGCGACAUGCACACGGAAUGCGAUGUCUGGGUAUACCCAAUACAGCACAUUUUGCCAAUGUAACACAGAUUGAGGAUGCCAUUACACUGUGGGAAAAAUUAAAAUCACAAAAAACGGCAGAACGUUGGAUAGCCGAUCAGGAGGAGGAAUUCGAAGACUCUCAGGGCAAUGUGGUGAAUCGUAAAACGUAUGAAGAUUUGAAGAGACAAGGUUUGCUUUAAGUAUAUGGU